CAACGUCAGUGACGUGUGUCACUGGUCACGAAAGCCGAAAGAAGUCGUUGUGGACAAGUUAUAAUCGUAUAUUUACACUCCGGAGCAGGAGGUGGUGGUCUUGCGUCUAAUACUUGUUCUACAACGUUAAAAUCGAAGAAGAAGAAAAAGGUCACGUGUGCAUGUGUUUAUAGCUGUGUAUCAUCCAUAGAUUUGGUCAUAGAUUCACAAAAUGGACACACACGAUGCGGGACAUUCUUCACACACAUAAGGUGUCGAGAGGCGAGGUAUGAACCGUCUCUGAAUGACAUGCGGACUCAUGCUAACAAGGCAGUGACCGGCGGCUGUUUGUGACUCUGCCUAGCAAGUUCCUACUCUCCGGUGCCGAGCUCCGCCACAGCGAGGAUGUUCCCCAGCUUGGCCCACAAACCGUGGCAUGUCUUCGGCAGGGUCUCCAUACAGAACAGGGCGUUCCUGUCACAGCGGUGCCCGAGGUUUCCCCAGCUGUGUCACGGAUGGCAGAGCAGAGGCGUACACUGUCUGUGGUUCAGCCUUCCAGACUGCCGCGUUGCUUCUUUAGGACUGAGCAAAGUGCAAUACUACUCUACCUCCUCUGGCAGCAGCAAAGAUGGUCCUCCGAAAUCCACAUCAGAUGGUGCUCCAUCAGCAGAAAAUAUCUUGUCCAGUGCUGCAAAAACCCCAUUAGGUUUCACACCUCAGGGCUUGACUAAAGCUGAGCAGAUUCAAGUGAAAGUUCGGGCAGUGCUGAAGAAAAGGGAUUAUGGAGCCAAGUACACUCAGAACAACUUUAUCACAGCAGUCAGAGCCAUGAAUGAGUUCUGCCUCAAAUCAAGUGAUCUGGAGCAUCUUCGCAAGAUCAGAAGACGCAGCCCCCACGAAGACACAGAGGCUUUCACUGUCUUCCUGCGGUCAGACGUUGAGGCCAAAGCACUGGACGUUUGGGGAAGCCAUGAAGCUUUAGCCCGAGAGAAAAAUGUCAGGAAAGAGGUGGAGAGAGAGUAUCAUGAAAACACUUUUCGCAAUCAGCAAUUGCUGAAAGAAUACAAAGACUUCUGGGGAAACACAAAGCCUCGAUCAGGCCAGAGGGCAACGUUUCUGCAGGGACCGGGGAAAGUGGUCAUGGUCGCUAUAUGCAUCAAUGGGCUGAACUUCUUCUUUAAGCUCCUGGCUUGGGUGUACACCGGAUCUGCCAGCAUGUUCUCCGAGGCCAUCCACUCUCUGGCCGACACCUGCAACCAGGGUCUGCUCGCCCUGGGAAUCAGCCAGUCCGUCCGCAACCCGGACGCUGGGCACCCGUACGGAUUCUCCAACAUGCGCUACAUUGCCUCCCUCAUCAGUGGCGUGGGCAUUUUUAUGAUGGGAGCUGGCCUCUCCUGGUAUCAUGGUAUCAUGGGACUGCUGCACCCAGAGCCCAUCCAGUCACUGUUAUGGGCUUACUGUAUUUUGGCGGGUUCUCUGGUGUCUGAAGGAGCCACACUACUUGUCGCCGUCAAUGAGAUAAAGAGAAGUGCCCUCCAGCAUGGGGUGUCUUUUUACGAAUAUGUGAUGCAGAGUCGAGACCCCAGCACUAACGUGGUGCUGCUGGAGGACACCGCUGCUGUUUUAGGAGUCAUCUUGGCUGCUGGCUGCAUGGGACUCACCUCACUCACAGGUAACCCGUACUAUGACAGCUUGGGCUCGCUCGGCGUGGGCACACUGCUGGGCGCCGUCUCGGCCUUCCUAAUCUACACCAACACCGAGGCUCUGCUGGGACGCUCCAUACAGCCUGAGCGUGUACAGAAGCUCACGGAGUUCCUGGAGAACGACCCAGCCGUAAGAGCCAUCCACGAUGUGAAGGCCACUGACAUAGGACUGAGUAAAGUGCGUUUCAAGGCUGAAGUUGACUUUGACGGCCGAGUUGUGACACGCUCGUAUCUGGAAAAACAAGACAUUGACCAAAUCCUAUUUGAAAUCCAGCAGGUCAAGACUCCUGAGGAGCUGGAGAACUUCAUGCUGAAACACGGGGAGAACAUCAUUGACACGCUCGGAGCCGAAGUGGACCGUUUGGAGAAAGAACUCAAGCAACGUAACCCAGAGGUUCGCCACGUAGAUUUGGAGAUACUAUAAUCCUCCCUGGCGUCUGCUGAGGAAACUUGAGGAAGGUGAAAUGAGGAGCGAGGCCACCUUCACGAUCUGCGACAGCCAUGAAACAAGCAUCAGUCUCUGCACAUGUCAUCGUGUCUUACUGUUAAGUCCUACAACCUCCGUUCCCAAAAGACCGGGUCUGUUACUUCAUCUUCACUUAGCUUUCACUAGAUAUUCAACCUGAGUCUCAGACUGAGAGGACUGUGUUAGCCGUCUCCCCCGGAUUUUAAGAGAAGUGUAAAAACCUUUCGAAUUGCUUGAACUCGUGUUCCUCCAUGAAUGUGUCUGGAUGUGGUGGGAAAACACGUCUGAAUCAAAACCAACAAGGACCAGUAAUCACUCGCUAGACUUUCUCUUAACAUUAAGCUUGAAGUACAAUGACAGGUUCAUUAAUACAAGGGAAACCUGAGAACUACGUAUUUGUGCUGAACUAUUUAAUUAGUAGACGAUAUUUUUUCUUUUCUUUUUAAUGUAAAAAAUAACGUGAGGUGCUGACAAUGCAGAGUUUACCAUGACUAGAUUUUAUUGCCGUUACCGAAAAAGCUUGCAAAUUUCAGGUUGUUGAGAUUUAAUUUGUAAUAUAAUAGAUUUAAGGACUGAACUGAUGUUUAAUACAGAAGCACUCCGACGAGCGUCCGCUUGUGCAGAAACAACAACAACAAAAAAAAUUAGGAGGUAAAGUUAAAAGUCUAACUAACACAACUAGUUAAUGAACACGUAGUGGUCGUCUUUAUCUUUGCAGAAGUUCAAAUCAUUCAGUGUGGACAUGACAUGAUAUACAGCGGGCAGCUGAACGCCAACGUUCUCCAAAUUUAGCGGGUGGUCACUUUUUUCUGCUUCUGGUCGACGGCUGAUCGACAGAUAAGUGAAGUAAUGAAGGAUCCACUCGGUGUAAAUAAGCAGCCGAAGAACUACAGCAGGCAAAUGGACCAGCCCCCCCCC